CGGUCGCAUACAUAAGGGGAGGAUAAGGGGAUUUGGGGGAGAGAGAAGAGCUACUUGCUUUCGCUCUACAAAGUCGAAAAUCAAAAACUCUCCUUUUUAGUUUUCUUUUGUCCCCCUCAACUCAUCCCGGUCGACUAAUUCACUCCAGCAUCAACAACCAGGACAGGACAGGACUAGUCAUGCUGACAUCAAAGAACCAGGUCGCCGCCAUGGCCAUCGCCUUUCUGGCCUUGGCUUUCACAGCCGCAGCAGCAGAGGAGCCCGACUGCACCGUGACUCAUCCCUCAACCGGAAAGUUUUAUGAUCUUCGUCCAUUGAUCAGAAAGGACAAUGACCAGGACUGGACGCCAGAUACCGGAGCGGACAAGUCAAUGGAUUUCAAGCUGAAUGUCUGCCACACAGUGCUGCAGGAGGAACUUGAUGUCAAAAAUCCCGAGAAUAUCGCAUCAUGGGGCAAGAAGAACAAGGGUACUUCAUUAGGCAAGCUGAGCAAAAAUCCAUUCUUCAGAGGCGACAACUUGCUAUUGGAAUACACGAACGGCGACGAUUGCCCAAACACCAACGGAAACUACAAAAAGUCGACCUUGAUCCGAUUCUUGUGCGAUACGUCUGUCAGCGGUCAGGGUAACCCAUAUUUGCUGUCGAAUAAUAACGAUUGCAAUUACUGGUUCGAAUGGCGUACUCCUGCUGCCUGUUCUACGGAUCGUCCUAGCGGCAGUAAUGGCGGUGGUGUCUUUGGCACGAUCAUUGGCGUGGUCGUUUUUGUCUACUUUGUCGGAGGCAUUGCAUACAACCGCAUUGUGCAUCAUGCCAGAGGAUUCAAGCAGAUUCCCAACUAUCAGUGGUGGAUUGAGGCAUUCGAUUUUGUCAAGGACAUGGUGGUCAUCUUAUUUGCCAAGUGCUACAGGCCCAAACGCUCGCAGACAUAUCACAACCUGCCCGUGGACUCUGAGAUCAAUACGUUGAUCGAUGACGAUUACGAGGACGACGAGGUCUAGACAGGGAAGCACGGACACAGAACAAUGCUCUUUUUGCAAGAAAGGGAAUGAAUUCAACUCAUGUGGACAUAAGCAGAUGUCUUUGUUUGUUGUUUGUAGAUGGAUAGUUUUCCUUGUAGGCGAUCUUGAGAAUAAAAAAGGACGAUGAUCUUUCAGUUUA